AUGGCGUCUUCGACUCUUUCUAGAAUUGAUUUGGCGAAAAGUAGUAACUACCACCACGAAAUGCGUGAUCCUCUAAAACCAAGGCGUUUGAUAUACCCAGAGGGAACUUCUGCUGCUUCUACGCCGAGUCGCACGAGGAGACUAAUACGGUACUGUAGAGCGAUCUCAGUAACGCUCGGCAUGUUGUCUACGGCAAGCUUUGGACUAAAUGCGCUAUUGCUAUACAAUUCAAAUACACCGGGAUCGACUGAGCCCUCUUUCGAGAAUAUUUUGAUAUCGCUUCUAGAAAAUUCCAAGACCACUGUGGUCGGUGGUCGAGAAAGGGACAAAGCUGUCGCUAAAGGGGCCCUGGAGUUUUCUUCCCAUCGAGCAAGUAGUCAGAUACCGCUUUGGAGGCAAACAGGCAACAGCUCCACAGAAGCUCUGUUGACAACAACAUUACCAGUCUGGAUGCAAACUUAUGUGGAUUGGCAUGUGGAGACACGUGCGAAUUUAACCUCACAGAACUGGAACUCUACCCGCUACAUCUUCAUUAGCUGUCUUGCUAGCGACACAAAAUGCGGUGGAGCCAGUGACCGGCUACAGCUGUUACCUUGGGCUGUACUCAUGGCAGCUCGCGGCAAUCGCCUUUUACUGAUACGCUGGGAACGUCCUUGCGCACUCGAAGAAUUUUUGGUACCGAAAGAUGUCGACUGGACUGUGCCUGAAUGGCUGUGGCAAAGUGUGCAAUUGUACAGUCCGCAUCCCAAGCUUUUGAUGUCGGGCGGCAAGCCUUCAUUGCGACAUGCCCAAGCGGCCGACCUCAUUGUCGCUAUUAGGCAGCAAGCCCAUGAUCACGGCAAAACAUUUUACGAUGAAUUGAAAGAAGACAAUGAAGCGGGGUUCUAUGAAGUGUUUCAUGACGUGUGGAAGGCCUUCUUUCAACCUUCCCCGAUAGUUCAAAUACAAAUCGAAAAGACCAUGGACGACCUCGGUCUGAGACCGCGACGGUAUAUUGCGGCACAUGUUCGCCAGAAGUACCACCGAGACAAGACACACGACACCGACCACGUGGACAAUGCCGUGAGGUGUGCCUACCAAUCGCGACAAGGCGUUUCGAACACUAUAUACUUUGCCUCCGAUUCAACCGUGGCCACAAAGCGGGCCGUGGACUUUGGGCGAUACAUUACGGCGUUAGCCAAUGAUACCGUGCCGUCGAGCAUCAAUGUUGUUGCACGCAUCAAUGUGUCGGAGCCGCUGCACCUGGACCGCGGAUCUGCGUAUUUGCAAAACACGGAUAGCUGGCAAUCUUUUAAACCAGAUGACUUCUACGAUGUGUUUGUUGAUUUGUAUCUUUUGGCGUCGAGCACUUGUGUGGUAUACGGUGUUGGCGGCUAUGGUCUUUGGGCAAGUCUAUUGACCACGAAACGGUGUUCGUUCCGGCAUUCAAGUCGCCACUGCGGCUGGGAAGUUCCGUCGAACGGGAGCAUUGCCCAUAUGUUGUAG